AUGGACAUUCGUUCUUUGAAUAAUAAUGCAGCGUGGAAUAUUUUCAGAUAUAUUGGCGACUACUUGCAUGACGCUGCAGUGGUUUUCCUGCUUUGUCACGCAUGCUGCAGACGCUCCGUGGCGGGACUGUCCCUUCGCACUCAAUGCAUCUAUCUGACCCUCUACGUCUCGCGUUACUUGGACCUCUUGGACCACCUGCAGAAUGCAUAUUUGGUGUUCCACAAGAUCUACUUUAUUAGCACUGCAUUGUUGGCUUUGCUUUGCUUCCGCUGUUGGCGCGACACCUAUCAGAAGGACGCCGACACCUGCCCCGCCCUGAGCUUUGCCUUGCUGGCGCUCUGCCUAGCUCCCUGGUCCGCGGCGGAAGACAAGACGAUGGAAAUCCUCUGGACCUGGUCGCAGAGCCUGGAAGGUUUCGCCAUGGUGCCGCAAUAUGUAUGCUCCUACCGGAAUGCGGUGUCAGGAGCGCCAGACCCGUGGGGAGUCUCACUUUGGGUUUGCCUCAUGGGCACCUAUCGUUUUUUCUACAUCCUGAACUGGCUCUUCAAAAAAAGUUUGAUGCAACACUACUGGGAUCCGCAUUCUUGGUUUGGCGGCUUCGUGAACUUGUGUUUUUUCACUGACUACGUCUUGUUCCUCCUCUUUGGCAUCUCCUGCCUCCGUCGCGCCACGCUGACAGUGGACGAUGGCCUGCAUGCAGUGGGCGAGGAUCUGCGGGAACGUUUCGGCGGCUGCUUGCUGUCACCAGGACAACGAUAUCUGGAGAUAGCGCCAACGCAGGCUAUGGAGAUGAACUCGGCCUACGCACCUCCUACAACCUUUGGGGCGGCCACUGAGUGAUGCUUCGAGUCUUCGAGUUUCACCGCUUGAAGCUGAGGGGGAAAAA